UCAGCACGCCACAUUGGAAAACACUGCCCAUUGCCCUCCGCACCCGAUCACAAGAUUAACAAGGUCAACGCUGUUUUCCUCCAGACCCCUCCACCGCCGACCUACCCGUCCCUCAAGAAGAGCGCCUCUACCCUGGGAAGGGGUCACAAGCUCACAGGUCUCCUCUCCGGAGGAUCUCGCCAGAUUCUCAUUCUGGGUGUCUGAACUCAAACUUUGGUUCACAUCCUAUGAUCGCCCUGAACCACCAUGACUCUCUCGGUGUUCUACUGUCUGUGGUACGGCUGCCAUCUGGGGGUAGUGCUGUUAGAGGUGUUCAACGGCCUGGGUGUAAGCAGCCCGGUCCUUUCCGCAGAGAAAUACCCCAGGAGGUCACCCCCGGGGAGAGAUCUCCACGAGAGCCCUCUCCAGCGGAGGACCCAUGACCUAGAGGCCCAGGGCCUCCUCACACAGCUUCUGUCCACGCUGAACCUCACCGAGCAGGGGCCCCACAGGACAAGGCCCCGCACGGCCCCCGAAGAGACGGCCGACUAUAUGUUGGAGCUCUAUAACCAGUUCGCCGAAGACUUCAGUGCAGUGCCCUCGGCUAGCAUUGUGCGGAGUUUCAAAAAUCAAGACUCCUCCCCCUACAGAGUGACAGCUGGAGGUACACGGAUAUACCCCCUCUUGUUCAACCUCUCUGUCCCCCACCACGAACACGUAAGAUUAGCUGAGCUCCGUCUCUACACCGCCGUGCGGCACUCCAUAUCAAGCACACACUCCGCCAUUGACCGCAAGGUGACCGUAUACAAAAUUCACGAGGGGGACCUUUCAACAAAAGAGGCGGUCACUGGCCAGAGAGGGAGAGGGGAUCAAGGGAUGGUGUGGGAGAUGGAGCGACUGGCCACCAAGCGGAUCCAUGCCAAAGGUCAUAACUGGAUGUCAUUUGACCUGACUCAUGCCGUGAACAUGUGGCUGUCGUCUGGGUGUUCAGGGACACACAGACUGGAGGUUCACGUCGAGAAGCCCCCGAGGUACGAAGAAGAGAAGGAGGAGGAGGAGGAAGAGGGCAGGAUGGCAGCAGAGGGGACAGAAGAAGAAGAAGAGGAGGAGGAGGCGGAGGAGGAAGAGGACGUCAUCAUCGAGCGAAACGUAGAAGGCAACCGCAACGCGUUGAUCGUUGCGUUCUCGGACGACCCGGCCAGCGAACGCAAACAGGAUAGGAAAGAUCCGAGCCGGAAGACAGAACAGGAAAAUCUCCUUCCUGACGACCUGGACCAGCAUAGCGUCUGGGAGGCUGUCGAUGACAACGUGGGCCACACUUCCCAGAAACACCCAGAUAAACAAUCCCACUCCCACCACCACCACCACCACCACCACCAGCAGCAUCAACAGCAGCAGCAGCAGCAGCAGCAGCAGCAGCAGCAGCAGCAGCAGGCCCCGCCAACCAGAGUCCGCCGCGGCGCCAAAACCGAACCCUGCAAGCGCGCCCCACUCUACGUGGACUUCAAGGACAUCGGCUGGGACCAGUGGGUGAUCCAGCCGCUGGGCUACGAGGCCUACGAGUGCAACGGCGUGUGCAGCAUGCCCAUGACCUCCGAGGUGUCCCCCACCAAGCACGCCAUGGUGCAGACCCUGCUGAGCCUCAGGCGCCCGCAGAAGGCCUCCGCCGCCUGCUGCGUGCCUACCAAGCUGGACCCCAUCCCCCUGCUGUACCACGACAACGGCGUGGUCACGUUCAACCACAAGUACGAGGGGAUGGUGGUGGCCGAGUGCGGAUGCAGAUAGUUCUGGUGGACAACACUUCGCACCAUCAAAAAUAUAAAAAUAAAUGAAUAAUAGAAAGCUUUACUUAAACUUCAACAGCACUUACUUUAUAUAUAUCUAAAUAUUUAUAUAUAUAUAGAAACAUACCCAAGAUUUGCUGCUUCUAGCUAUAGAUAAAUAGUAUUAGUAUCGUAGUAUAGAAUAGUAUAUAUUUUUUUAUUCUGUUUCAGAUCAUCUCGAAAUGAUGACUUAACUUUUUCUCGGCGGCUUGUAAGACAAUGCAAGCAAACAUUAGACGCAGCAUGGAGGACAAAGGUCUGUGCUGAAAUAGAUGUUUAGGGCGCCCCCCCAUCAGGGUCUCUUAUCCCUCUCAGGGCUCUGCCAUCUAUGCACAGAGAGCUGCUUUGCAGACACAUUAGUACACUCGCUUCCGGACAACCCUACGACUCCCUACCAGGCCACGACUUGAGUGUGGCGAACCCCACCGCCCCGGCCUCCACCCCCCUUCACCUCCUAGGGCCACAUGCCACGCGAUCCACUCUCUGCGCCUCACUCCUCACUCCUCACCCCCCCCCCAUUCCCCUCUUCCCCGCCCUCCAUGUUAGGCGAUAAGGAGGUGUCAGAACCUGCAGUCCUGUAGACCACCACUCAGGAUGAGCCGCCCCCCAACCCCCCCAAAGUGGACAGCGGGGCUGGAGAGGGUGGUGUCACAUGGGGCCUCCAACACCAGCGGCAGGUCUUAUACUGGGUAGAGCUAGCCAACGAGCGCGUUUUGUAUGGCAUGACUCCGCCAACUUCCUUUUUUACUGACACGGGCACGGGCUUUGAGGCCCCCCCAUAUCAACACCAUGGCAACCGGAUAACUGGAAAACAAAAAACCUGUCAUUUUAUCGCUGGUUGGGCUUAUGCUGUUAACAGUUGGAAGUGGAUAAGGACAGGGGAUUAGCAUUGUGGAACAUUUGAACUGCAUGGGAUUCUUCAUGUAUCAAGAUUUGUUCGUGCCAAGUGUACAUAACGAAGCCGUCAUCCCACAGUUGGGCUUUUAGUUUGAUAUGCAUUUGCAUGUGGAAUAUUAUAUUUAUUGAUAACCAAUGGGGAUAGAAUAUCUCAGUUUAUCUUAUGAGAAUUUUAAAAGAUGGUACGCUGGCAAUAUAUGAGAUGUAUAAAAAGGGUUUAUAAAAAUAAGAAAGAUAUGACGUUUUCACAUUUUCAUUCAAAUAUUGUUUCUCAAAUAAUAUAUAUAUAUAUAUAUAUAUAUAUAUAUAUAUAAAACAAAUAUAUAUUAAAUAAAAUAAUUGUUAUUCUUAGUUUUCCCUUUACUUUUAAUGUUGUGGUACAGGAAGAAUGUGCCAAAACAAUCACAUUUGUCAGUGAUUUCAAUAAUUGAAAUAGUUUCGAAUGAAUGUUCAAUGAAUGUGUGUACUUAUUAUUAUACAUACUGAAUUCUGAAUUUUUAAAGAAUAGUGUUUAUGGCUUAUGAGUUAUGUCAUAGCAUAAUACAUCUAUUUUUUCUAAAAUAAACUAGCACUACAAUGUUUUCAUAAUCAAAAUACAAUGACAGUGUGUUUUAUAUUUUAGAUGUUAUAUAUCUGCUGUUGUUUAUCUGCUUUAUCUCUCACCUGAUUCCUGCCAUGGAAAAAGUUGUGAUACAUUUAUCAUUUUAUUUUCUUUGGAUUGGUCCAUCCUAAUAGUUUUUGGGACUGCAUCCCAAUGUAUUAUGCUAAAAUCAUCUGCUGUUAUGUGUUUUAAAGGCAAUGGUUUUCUCUAUGCAUUCUAGAAGCAUUUUAGAUAAGAAGAUUGAUUCCAGACAAGACAUUUUGAAAUCAAUAAUUUCAUUAAGCAUGUUAAAUGUUUUCGAUUUAUAUCUCAAUGUAAAGGAGAGCGAGAAAUGGUGAGACGAUUUAUAUCAAUUAUAUUUGAACCACUAGGAAAUGUCUUUAUAUCAAAGGUCUGAAACAUCUUUCACAACAGGACUUUGUCACGAAGAAGAUGCCUGAAAUAGUUGAGGCUGAAAUUGCCACAAGAGAAAACAACCCAUUAUUUGUUCACUGGGGAAAUAGACUUUGGUUUAUAAUACAUUUAAAUAAAUAAAAACUCUACAAAUAA